AUCCUGCCCCAUAUAAAAGCUGGAUCUGACUUUUGCUGGGUGUACCUGUCUGUACAGACACUGCGCACCACAAUGGACACUCUGCUACGUAGCCUCGUGGUCUUCACCAGCCUCAUGACACUAUGCAACGCGCAGUGCUAUUUAUUCUUGUAUGACAGGAGAGUGGAGGAUUCCCCCAAUGAAUGCAGGGAUAGCGAUGGAGUCACACACCAGCUGAACGUGGCGUGGAAGACAGAAAACUGUGACAGGUGCAUCUGUGACGAAAGCAAGAUUCAGUGCUGCAGCACAGUUGCAAUCCCUACUGGCUUUGACACCACAAAGUGCAAGGAGAUCUUCCACAAGGAGAACUGCAGCUACUCUGUGGUGGAGGUGGAGAACCCAGAAAAUGAGUGUCCUGUCACCUCCUGGAUCAUGUGAAGCACUUCUGGAGGGCGUGCGGGUCCAGCGAGGCACAUGCUAACAGCCUUGUUGUGUAGCUCUACUUAGCAGUAAAGGACAAUUUGGAAGCAUC